AGGGCCCUGGCGGCCGCCGGGGGUACCCGCGGGCGGCCGGGCAGAUGCCGCCGCGCUGCGGCCGCGGCGGCGGCGGCUGAGGGCGGUGGCAGAGGGCAGCCCCCGCGGCGCCCGCCGCGGCUCCCCGGCGCCCGCGGCGCCGAGGAGGCCGUCCUCCCGGCGGAUGGCGGCCAUGGCGGCCGGCGGCAUCGCCGCGGACAGCUACGUCGAGCGGGCAGGCAACGAGAUGGCCCUGGCCAACAUAGAGACGAGGCUGCGGGAAAUGAUCAUCGAGCUGACGUCGCCGACUAUACAUAAGGUGACGCUGGCCGCCUCGGACCUGGACGACGUGAAGGGUAUGGUCCAGACGCACGCCAGGACCG